UUUGACGACCCAAAGAGAAUGAAAUGGACUAUUCAAAACUAUGUGCUUAUGUUGCGAUUUCCUUGGUCUUUUUUUAAUGUUUGGGGUACUUGUUUGUCUUUCACCAGUUGUAUUUCUGGAGUUGCCAGUUUAUUGCAGUGGACAAGUUUCCGAGAAACAUGUAUUGCUAUUUAUAUUAUUAUCUUUGGUUGCUUUUGGUUUUUAUUGGAGUUGUUUCCUUUUCCUUUUGCUGCUUUUCAGUGGGAUGUCUUAUAUAGUUGGUUGGGAAGAGGUUUGAUUAUGAUACUACUUGGUAUACUGCAGUGGACAGCGAGUUCACUUUCCUUUGUCGUAGGUUGUCUAGUGUUUGCUUUGGGUUGGAGUUGUGUAUUCAUUAGUUUAUUAUCACUUCGAUAUCCAAAUUUUUGUCCCGAUCGUAUGACAACUUUAUUUUAUUCUACUUUGGAAGAACAACCGGAAUAUAUUCCACCACCACCUUCCGAGUUUGCUUAACUUGUCUAUUUUCUUCCUUCUUCUUUCAGUUGGUUUUGAUGACGUUCACAGAAACGAUGUAUUCUUGAAAACGCUUCAUUUAACACAGCUUUGGGUGCACAAUAAACGACUCUGAAGAAAUGAGGUGCUUGAAAA